AUGAAUCAGAGCAGGAGCGGACCAUGCGCAGGCGCGGGGCGAAGGCCUGACGCCGGCAAGGCACGCCGUCGAUCCUGGCGGAUCAGCGACAGCUUGCGGAUGUCAGGGUCCAAAAGUCAGGCGAGCCCAAUUCCGCAGGCGGACGACGCAUUUGGAAGAGGCGGAUGGAAGUGGCUCUGGAGCGAGAGCGCUGGCGCUGCCAAUCAUGCAGAGCCACGCCUCCACACCCUCGCCUCGUCGCGCCCAGCAGCCGCGUCAUUUACGCGAAGUGCACGGCAAGCCGGGUCCGGGUCCAUACGACAAGCGGUCUCGUCGCUGUUCGGUCGACCCAGCUACAGGCAUCCAAUCAAGUGGCAAGGCAGCAAGAGCCCAAGAGAUGAAAACUUGGGCAGUGAAGAAGAGGGAAGCGGGCCGCGGAGCCUACAAGAUUCGGUGGCUGGGACCCACUCUCGUUCCCGCAGAGGUCCCGUUGCUUCCAAGGGCAAUCGCAGUGCAGGCACCUCGGCGCUCUCGGCGAUUCUGCCAUACGCUUUCAGUCCAAGUCUCGAUGAGGAAGGAGGGCGCAACUCAGACGAUACUGGUUGCUGCUUCUACCGCCGCCGCUGCUCCUGCUGCCUCCCGACGUAUUGGGUCCAGAAGGAGCCACCAGAUGCUGCUAUCCAUGGCGCUGCUGCUGGCUGGAUAAGGAAAGAAGCCGAUCUGGAAGCGCCCGCUUCCCGUCAGUGUCUCCGAUCUGUCGCUGACACUGCUGAGACUGCGCAUUUGCAGAAGGGAGCCAGGCCUUCGCGUUUCCGCGUCGGGCUCAAUUUCGCAUUUUCCAAAAUCCGGUUUGGGAAUCAGUCGCAUCAUCUGCACGAGCAGCCGCCCUCGCAGCUGGACAAAGCUGAUGCUGUUCGAGCCCAGCGAUCCACCGCUGCUGCUGCAGCCUUCGCUGCUCCAGCUGCAUCCUUCUCUAGAACAGGAUCUGGACAUCGCGACCGCCCUGACACCAACCAACUUUGUCCCCAUGCCAGCCCUUCCGUAGGCGUCUCCCCUGCCCUCAUCGGAACCAACGCGGAGACUUUCGAACCCACCCUUCUCAGUGACCAUCAGCCAGCAGCCGCACGCUCUUCGAGCCCUUUCUCUCGUUCCUCGGACCUUCUCUGCCAACCGCAUCCUUACGGAGUCUGGCAUCGCAACCAGCAGAGCCCAACCAGCCUGCCCGUGCCUCCCAAACGGUCCGCUUCCGCCUCCCUUGUACGCCACGACAUCGAGCCACAUCGCUCGCUCUGCAAGCAUAACCGCAACAUCCAUCCGUUAGGAGCCUCUCCUGACCUCUCCUCUGCCAUCGUGUCGUCCCGCUUGUCCAGCGUCACCCAACGCUCUUCACUCGGCUACGCCGACGUGCGUGCCUCUGGCUUCCCCUUCAUUAUGCCCGACAGCGGCUCCGAGGCCACCAACACUCCAGCAUCCGAGCUUGCUUCCGACCGCGGCUCCCUUCGUCCUCUCACCGCCAGAUCGGACGGCGGCUCCGUGACCAUGACACGCUCCUAUUCCGACCGCCCAAGCAUGCGCAGCUACGAAGAGAGCUCAGUCAGCGCCAAAGGUCCCGGUGCGACCAUCAACCGUACGGCGGGCGAGCAUCUCGGCAGCACGCUCAGAGAACACUUCACUCCCUCGCCUAUGCCGCCGACGUUCACCUCGCACCACCAGCACGACGUCAUGCCUGCUGAAGAACGUCGCAGCACUUCUGUCAACGGCGAGACUACCUCUUUUGACAAGCCAAUCGCAGAUCACGACGCCGACUCCCGUAUCGGACCACCAUCGUCCGCGAGCCGAAACGUCAGCCCAGCCGCCGCCAGCUUGGACACAGCCAGCUCCCCAAUCAUGAAGAUGCGACCUGCAUCGACAACCACCCCUUCUCUGCGCGACUUCCCUGUCAACACUGAUCUCAACCCCAGCUUCGAAUCGGUGCAUGCGCCCGUGCGUCAGCGCACCGACUCGCGUCCCACCAUCUCGCCCACCAAUACAUCGCGCGCCAUUUCGACGCCUGCCCCCAUGCCCGUGCCGCUUGCGCUGCAAGACCACCGCCCCACCGUCCGCCGCGCCCAAGGCCAGCGUGCAGAGAGCGAAGUCGUCCGAAGCCGCAGCUCGUCCAAGCCCUUCAGCUUCCCUUCGCGCGCCAGCGUUCAGUACACAGCACGCGAACGAGGCGACGUGCUCCAAAACCGCUCAUCGCAGGCAAAGUCUGGCGGCUCUUUCAUUCGUCGGCUCAUUCGCAGGGCCAGCCUCAAGGGAAAGAGGUCGCAGUCCGUCGGAGGCAGCGCAUCUUCGGUCCUCAGCCCCGGCAAGACCUCCAUCGCGCUACCGACAGAGCUCGAGAUCGAGGACGCUUCCGAGAAUGCGUCCACACCUCGUGCUGAAAGCUUCACGUCCAAGAGCUCGUCCAAGGACACCAAGCCCCGUCGCGGUAGCCUCACUCGCCGUCGCAGCAAGUCCAAGGAUCAAAGCUCGGCCAACGGGUCCAAGUCGUCGUCCUUCUUUGCGCCCUUCCUCGCUCGUGACCCAGCCAAACUCAACGGCAAAUUCCGUUCCCAGCGCGAGGACUCGUUCGGUCAUCUGGGUCCCCUUCCUCUUGAUGACCCUCCUCCCUUUCCCAAGGACGGCCUGCCUUUCAGCUCCAGUGCUCCAAUCCUGCCCCGCGACCUCGACUUUUCCCAAGCAAACGCGGUCAAGAGCCGCGAUUAUGCCGACAAAGAAAGGACGGAGAAGACUGUGCCCUCUUCCGAUGAUAGCAAUGAAGCCACCGAGCUUCUGGAUAGUCCUCACAUGAAGCAGGCCGCCGACCCUGGCACCCCGACUCUGGACGAUGACGCACAACGCCGACUGUCGCACAUGACCGAUCAGACAGAAAACAGCACGGGCAUGGGCAUGGCCCUGACUACGCGCAACAACUUCGAUUUCCAGGAUUCACUCGGUCUUAACGAGCUCGCCGCGGCCGGAAGGCAACUUCCCGGGACCAUCGGCUCUGACAGUCACUCCUCCCGCGCUGGGCCUGCUCUGCCUUCGUCCAACGGACACUCGAACAUCACUGAGAGCCACUCUCGUCCUCGCCCCGGCAUCCCUCGUAUGUGGCAAGGCAUCGACUCGAUCGAUGGCGACCAUACGGUCCGCUCCACACACAUCGAUGAUGCUGAGGACUCCGACGACGCGUCGCCGGGACGCAAUCUCCCCGCCAAUCGCUUCGACACCGCAACGACGACAAGCUCGUUCAAGACUGCCGUCAGCAAUCUCGACUCACCCCGAUCCAACUCGACCCGCCGCCACAACAUCGGUUCCAGGGCGUCGAGGGUGAGCUUGCGCACCUUGGACACACCACUGGCUCGCCACUUUGACCAGGCAGGCAGGCAGGACUCGCCGCUCGCCGAUCUCAUCACCAACCUCGAGAGACGUCUGAGCAUCCCGAGCACUGCCGGCACCAUGAGAUCGACCCCGUACCAUGAUGCUGCUGCUUCGCCGGGCAGCGAGUUCCUGCAACUAGAGCCAGAACAGACGCUCCCGGCCAUCGCAGCUGGGCCCUCUCCUCCGCCCUCGCUCGGUCACCACGACCUUGACGAUGAGGACGACGAAGGAUCGAUUCGGGCCUUCCCGCACCAGGCACAUCCGUCGGCUGCUUCGCACACGGCAUUAGUCGAGACGAUGGGCCACUCGAACCGCAACUCGUAUGCCGAACCCACCUCGCCAACGACGCCCGGUACCUUCGGCACCAAGGAUGGCGAGCAGCACUGGUACAAGCGGGACACGUUUGGCGGCCUCGACUCGAUUCCAAUGUCGGCAGAGACGCCGCGAUCCGUGGAGCCCGUCUCGAAUACGACCCGGCCGCAACUCUCGCGUUUCUCAACAGCCACCAUGGGCGGCGAGGAUGAGAACCUCCAGGCAGGCGACUCGGGCGAAGGCGACCAAGAACAGCAAGAGGUGAUCCUGCCCGAGGUGAAAGUGUCGGAGAUUGAGAGCCACCUGGCAGCGGUCGAAGCGGCCUUACAGGACAAUCGCGACGAAGGAAGCUUCGAUCCCACGUCUCUGCGACAGCGAAUGUCGGAUGCGUCCUACGCGACCCAUCCAAACUUGUCGUCGGCGAGCAUGCUCUCGCGCGAGCCCAGUCAGCAGCCGGCACCGCGCGCGGCCGAGCAGAGCACCGACGACUUGUCGCUGCCAGGUGCUUGGACGCAGGACAGCUCGUCGUUCAUCAUGAGCGACGACGGCCGGCGCAUCACGCUCGCGCCAGAAUCACAUGAGGCGCUGGCGGAUGCGGUCCGAAGCGUACGAAAGGCCAUCAGCUCGUCGCAUCUGACUGACGCCGACGAAUCACACACUGCGAUUGCGAGUCGAUCAGUGGAUACGCUGGGCAUGGAAAGCUUUGUCUCGGAUGCAGCGGAGCCAGCCGGAGAGCGCACGCUUGCCGGCGACAUGUCGAUGCUUUCGGAAGCGACCCCAGGUCGGGCCGCACGUCGGCGACAGGAGGGUAUCCGAGACAUCGAAGAGGCUUACAAUCGCAUGCUGGCUCUGGUACAGUCGACGGCCAUCGGUGUCACGCCGUCUCCCCAGAUGCGUUCCGAUGAAGCUCGUCUUGGCGUGGAGCCUCCUCGCCGUCCGAAUAAGGCUGGUAUUCCGAACACCACUACGACUGAGCCUUUCUUCACCUCUCCGCUGGCAAAGGCCUCGACGAAAACGGACGAGCCUCUCACCCAAGCUGCUCAGUCCAAGCGAACAGCCUUUGACGGCGGGAUGGUGCAGCAGCCCGGACGAACGCAGGUCCGCGCGCAGGCUCCGGCAGACCAUCGAACUUCAACCUCAUUGUCGGGCCUCAUGGGCAUGCCUCUCGACGUCAAUCCGCAGAUGCUGCGCCAUGGCAGUGUCUCUUCGGUUGCCUCUGUGGCGGAUAACUCGAUGCGCGAUUCGAUCGAUGGUGCUGCCGUGCGCAAGCGGCCUCCUUCGGAUGCCAAGUCGAGCUCUAGCCGAUAUUCGCAGGCCUUCAGCCGAGACCACGCUGCCUCUUCGCUGAUCGAAUCGGACAGCUUCCGCAAGCGCUUCAGCAGUGACAACACGACCGUCGGUCGGGCCAGCUCGGGUGGCGGACACACGUCUCCGUCCGCUACCGCCAAGACGCUGGGCACCCCGCGCUCGUUUGCCACGUCAAUCUCGCAGCACUCGCUCGCCAAUAUGGUGCGACGCCACGAGCUGGAGAAGGAGAGCUUGCUGGACACGCUGGAGCGCGUGCGCGCCGAGAAUGCCGACAUGCACGCGCGCCACGACAGCCUCACCUCGGAUCUGCACGCAGAAGUGACGCGGGUGCUUGAACUCGAACGAGAGCUCGAGCGUCGCGAUUCGCGCGAGGUGACGCUCAUCGGCCAGAUCCAAGAUCUGGAGAACGAGCUGAUGGAGCUGCGCUACCUGGACCAUCAACUGAAUGCUUCUGCCGAUCAGACGCUUGGAUCUGAAGACGGCGAGGGCUCCAUCCUGGAUGUGGAGCUGCCACCAACACUGCACACGAGCACGAGGAUGGGAAUCUCUGCCUUCUCGCCGCGCAGGAGUGCGGCAGGGUCCGCAUCUCCAGCGCCCUCCUCUGUGAUGUCGGCGGCGGCGGCGGCGGCGGCGGCCAAGCCGACACAUAGGAGCACCCGUUCCGAGGCCUUUGUCUCUGGUCUACCUGGCUCGGAGCGUGCAACUCUGCCGUCGAGCAGAAGUGAGCUCCCACGGGCUCGUCCAGUCUCGCUGCUCAACGGUCCGGGAGGCCUGUUCAGAGAAGACCGCUCAGACAGAGGCAGCCAAGCGUCGCCGCUUCCGACGCCACGCAGCAGCAGUCUGCUGCGCAGCAGCCAUCGAGCCCAAGCCAGGUCUGGCCGCGGCAAGGACGCUUCGCCCACGCUGCUCGGCCUCAGUCUGCCGAAGGACGAGGACGAGGCAUGGAACAUCGCUGACGAGCAGCUGCCGGAAAUUGAUGAUGAGCCCAAUGAUCCUGCCGUGGCCACAUGGCCGCGUCGAGGGCCGAGCAGCUCUGCGCAUGUCGAUGGCGUCGAAUCCUCGCUAGGCACGCAAAGCGGUCAGGAGCCCCACGACGAGACUGCCGACGACCGCAACAGCUCGCGUCCUUCCACGAUCACUGCCAAGAGAACUGCCGCUGUAGCCAACGGUAACGAGGUUUUGGAGCGCGACAGCUCGACCUCAUCGAUGCCGCGAUCCUCAUCGCAGGUCACGGUGACAAAAAACGCGGUCUCGCAGCUGCCGCGUGCGUCCGUGCGUGCAAGCAAGAUCCCCACAAGCCGCUCGGUCAGUGGCAUCUCGGAGUCUCCAAGCCACCGCAUUGUCUCGUCGCGUCUUCCCAGGCUGGGGCUCAAGCCGGGCGCCAACUACGCCAACGCGGCCGGCAUUCGCAGCGUGUCUGGCGCCACGGACAAGUCAACUGCGUCUACGCUGUCGUCCGUACACAGCACCAUGUCCUCCGGUGCCCCGCCGUCGCUUGGCUCGUUGCAGAGCGGCAACAACACGAUGGAGGAUGAGAUCCAAGCCGAACUCGCCCGCCUCGGGAACCCUCAGCCGUACAUGCGAUACUACUCGCCUCCGCGCAGCAAGAUGAUCUGA